AUGACGACCGCGAAUAGACACCCAAACGGCGGCCCUCAAUGGCUCGCGGCCGGCAUCGACCUCUGCCAGGCCAUCAAGUUGGCUGCGGUCCAAUCAGCCCCGAAGCUGCUCGUGUCGUGGCUCUACGUCCCCUUCGGCAUCAUGGCGAUGCUCGCCGCCUGCUUCGGCGUCAGCGUCCUGUUCGACACCCUCGGCGUCUCGUUCCCGGCCUCGGUGGCCUGCCUGAUCCUCCUGUUCUUCGGCCUUCUGCUCUGCGAGCUGGUGCUCGGGAACCACAAGACCAAGGCCAUCGUCGCCGUGAUUGAUGUGCCGGCCGGCUGGUCCCUCCGCUGGAUCAACAUCCUGUUCACGCCGUCUUUCAUCAUGCUGCCCCUCAGCCCGCCCAUCGGAAUCGUCGAGGUCAUGAAGAUCAUCGCCGUCUUUAUCAUCGGCUUCAUCGCCAUGAUGGCCCUCGCCGCCUACCUCACCCGCGGCCUCCAACUCCUCCUCGGCUCUUCCAAGCGCGCCCUCACCGAGCGCGCCGAGGAGAUGGGCAACGAGACGGACGAGAUCCCGCUCGCCGACACACCGCCGCGCGGCGAAUCCGCUCCGGGAUCCCGCUCCGUCUCGGCCGCCCCGUCCUCGCUGUCCCUCAACACCCUCGCGCCGCCGCCGCUGUCGCGCAACGCGUCCCACAACUUCCUGCCCGCGGCUAGCUCGUCUUUCCGACGGCCCGAGGCGGAGGACGAAGGAGGCACAAUGACACCGCCGGCCAUAGGCUCCCCGCUCCCGCCGCAGAUCCCUGUGCCGAUGCCCCGGGCCCAGGUCUGGGCGGCGUGGAUAUGCGGCCACCUGAACUGGGUCAUCUACGCCUCCGUCUUCGUCCUCGUCGGGCUGCCCGUCUACUACGCCGCCGGCUACGCCAUGCCCCUCCACCUCAGCCUCAUCCUGCUCGUCUACUUCGCCGCCAUGUCGGUCCCCGCGCGCUGGCGGCAGUACCUGCACCCGGUCCUCGUGGCCUCGCUGUUCUCGGUCCUCGGCAUCUGGGCCCUGGCCGCCGUCCGGGGCGACGGCCUCCCGGACACGCUCCGGUCGUUCCGGACGGGCGCCAACUACACCUACCUCUGGCUCCACGGCGCGAACAACCGCCGCCUGCCGGGCGCGGGCGACAUCUUCGGCACCGUCCUCGACGCGAGCAUCGUCUCGCUCGCGCUGCCCAUGUACCAGUACCGCCGCGAGCUGCGGCAGAACUUCGCGGCCAUCGUGCUGCCCAACGUCGUCAUGUCCGUCGGCUGCCUCUUCUCGUACCCGCCGGUGUGCUACGCCAUCGGCAUCAGCGCGGAGAGGUCCCUGGCCUUCGCCUCGCGCAGCCUAACGCUCGCGCUGGCGACCCCUGCCACAGAGAACCUGGGCGGCGACCUCAACACGGUGGCGGCGGUGGCCAUUAUGAGCGGUAUCGUCGGGGUGCUGUUUGGCCAGCGCAUGCUGGCCUGGCUGAGGAUACCCGAAGAUGACUACAUCACGCGCGGCGUCACGCUGGGCGCUAACUCGUCGGCCAUCGCCACGGCCCUGCUUCUUCGAACCGACCCGCGCGCGGCUGCGCUGUCCAGCCUGUCGAUGAGCCUGUUCGGCACCAUCACCGUGCUGUUCACGUCUAUACCGCCCAUUGCGGACGUGAUUAAGUCUCUAGUAACUUGA